AUGCCAGACGAGAGUUCCCCUGGAGAGAAGGCCAUCUACAGCAUGCUACAGAUCAUGAACAGCCAGACGGCCACACUGAACGGGUUGACAGCCCUGCACGGCACCAUCAAACGUGAAACGCAGGAGGCCAUUUCGGUUGCCGUCGAUCCUCUGAGAGACGAGAUGCGCGACCUCACCGACAGAGUUCAGCGACUUGAUAUGGGUGGCUGUGGCCAGAGGCACCUCAGUUUGAUGAAUAGGGUCGAUGUUGCUCAUCGCCGGAUGGUGUUCAUUGGCUCCGAGGUAAUGGAUACCAGCUCCAGGGAGGCAGACAUUCACGCCUUCGCCAGCACCCUGGGCGCAGAUUUCCAGGGUCAGCCCGGUCAUUUCUUCAGCGUCCCCCGGAAUAGUCGCAAGAUCACUCGCGUGUCCUACUUGGAGUUCGGAACUCUGGAGAAGGUCAACUUGACGAGGAAUUGGGCUCUUCGCACGGCCACGGAGCUUAUCAAAAAGGCGCCGGGCUGCGAGAAUGCCCAGGUCGACUUCCGGGCGAGGCAGGUCCGGAUCGGCGACGUGACUGUGUUUGAGCAAAGCCCGGGCGACCUGGAGGGCACCUUCAAGGGCAGCUUUUCGCACCUUCGUUUCCCCUAG